UUAGACGGGUAACUUACAUAAGCCGCGUUGCAACUCCUAAUAAACACUCACAAAAAUGCUACUUCUAAACAUCAAUGUGGAGAAGAGAGAAGAGAUAUUAUAUACUACUUCAGUCUUACUAUACACAUGAUGAUAACGCAGCUUGCGAGAUUUUGUAAUUUUCACCGACCGUGCCAGUGUUUGAGACUAGGAUGAAGGGCCUUAAGCAAAGUGUUAAGCGCAGACGUGCUGCUACGAACCCUAUCGAAAGGGCAAACCGGAAGGAUGACGAGAGUUUUAUUAAGGAGCACCUAUGCCCCAGCAACCCUGCAUGGUCUGAGUGGAUUAACCCAAAGACACAAGACAAGUUCCCGCUCAGCCUUACCAGCUCGGGUAACUUGAGUGAUGAAGACCUCGACGCGUGCUUCAAGCUAGUUGAAGAGACCAGCCGAGCCGAUUAUGAAUCUUCAUCAGUCGGGUGGAAGCCGGGUAAAAAGCUCGUCGAGAUGAAGUCCCCUGAGCUGAGGUAUAUCCUAGUCAAGGACAUCGUGGGAAGUGUUCGCGGCUUCACAUCUUUAAUGCCUACAUAUGAAGAAGGAGAGCCCGUUGUAUACUGUUAUGAGAUCCAUCUCAAGCCAGAUCUACAAGGGACUGGCCUAGGCAAGACACUCAUGGGAUUCCUGGAGAGCGUCGCUGUUAAUACGCCCCCUAUUGAGAAAGUCAUGCUUACUUGUUUUCUAAGCAAUCAGAGAGCGUUCGCUUUCUAUAAGAAGUUGGGAUUCGAGCAAGACGAGAUAUCACCAGAGCCGAGGAAGCUACGAUUCGGCAAGGAAUUUAUCAUAGACUAUGUUAUCAUGAGUAAAGUCGUCAAGAGGGAACAAUCCGCCUGAACACGAAGUUUACAGACACAAUACGAUCAAGUAAUUUUUGAGGCCACGGAUAGUUUUAUGCAGAAUAAAAUAAUUAUCCAGUUUUCCCGAUAGGCUGUUGCAUGUGAUGUAUAGGCCCUAACCUAU